AUUGCCAAUAAUGGCCUGCGCGAUCGCACGUUCCGUGCAUGGCAAUUACCGCCAACGGUAAUGAUACAUACAGCGUGUCAGCUGUACAUCUUUAAAAUGCCGAAAGCGUGAUUGCGACAGCGCCAGGCGGGCAAUUGCCGCCGCACGGUCGCCACCCUCCCUGUAUUAGCCAUCGCACGGCCCGUAUUAAUAUCCGUCCUUGUCAUUUCAAUUCAAUCUAUUAUAUAUCUCCAAGUCAACUCCCAUCGGGUAUAUAAGCGACGCGUAGAAUGCAGUCCAAUCUUGUAGCGAUCACAAGCUAAUUCUCCCUCCCGCGUCGACGUCUGCCUCUCAGGAUGGAGGGCCCAGCCGGCGAUCGCAUCACCUCGCCCGCGACCCAUCAGUCGAACGACUCGGGCGGCGUCUUCGAGGUGGCGCUCCAGAACGCGUCCGCCGAGCGCAAACCCCAGUUCGAGGGUGUGGAGCUGCUGCAGUCCUUCAAGGCGCUCAUCAUCCCCUGCUACGCUCUGGUGGCCCUGGUGGGCGUCGUGGGCAACUACCUGCUGCUGUACGUCAUCUGCCGCGCCCGCAAGAUGCACAACGUCACCAACUUCUUCAUCGGCAACCUGGCCUUCUCCGACAUGCUCAUGUGCGCCACGUGCAUCCCCUUCACGCUGGCGUACGCGCUCAACCCACACGGCUGGGUGUUCGGCCGCUUCAUGUGCUACCUGAUUUAUCUCAUCCAGCCGGUGACCGUGUACGUGUCGGUUUUCACCCUCACCGCCAUCGGGGUUGAUAGGUACUACGCCACAGUGCAUCCUCUGAAGAAGCGCAUCUCAGUCUUGGCGUGCGCCUACUUGCUGUCCGCGAUCUGGCUGCUGUCCUGUGCUCUGGUGGCUCCUGCUGUGGCUCACACAUACCAUGUGGAGUUCCAAAGCGAGGGCUUCACCAUCUGUGAGGAAUUCUGGAUGGGCCAGGAGGGCGAGCACCUGGCCUACGCGUACAGCACCCUCUUCAUCACCUACGUGCUGCCUCUGUCCGCCCUGUGCAUCUCUUACCUGUGCAUCUCGGUCAAACUGAGGAACUGCGUGGUCCCGGGCUACCACACCCGGAGCCAGGCCGAGGCCCAGCGCAUGCGCAAACGCAAGACCUUCCGCCUGGUGAGCCUGGUGGUGGCCGCUUUCGCCGUUUGCUGGAUGCCCAUCAGCGUGUUCAACGUGUUGCGCGAUAUUGACAUCGAUCUGAUUGAUAAGCGCUACUUCCUGCUCAUUCAGUUGCUCUGUCACCUUUGUGCCAUGAGCUCAUCCUGCUGCAAUCCUUUCCUGUACGCUUGGCUCCACAACCGCUUUCGCGCGGAGCUCCGCAAAACGAUGGCGUGCCGCCGGCGCAUUGGCAUCGCCGCCAACAACGGCGCCACGGCGAGCGUUGUGCUGUGAAACACACUUAGGGAAGACAAGUCACUGCGGGGACAGGACUUGGGUCCUCAAACCCCUUAAAUUGUUUUUUUACCCCCCACCCCACCCCCAAGGACCCACUUCAUAACCACCAUGUGGAAUUCUUUCAUCUUUAAACAUUUCAAGCUAAAAAUUUGUAACAUAAAAGCAAGCAAAUUCAAUUGAAUUAAAAUGCUCACCCAUUGUCGCCUGCUGACUUGCACUCCUUCUACUAACAACAGGGCUGCAAACAGUAAGUGUUUCCAUCUGAGCGAUUCAGUAACAUUUGAACAUUUUUACGACCGUUGACUUUAAACCCCGGCGGCACGGUGCGUCGGCCUCACAGUUCUGAAGAUCCCGGGUUCGACCCCGGCUUUGCCUGUGUGUGCAGCUCACGUCUGAAUGUGCUCAUUAUCAUGAAUAACUGGCAAGGAAGACUCACGUGACAUUAACUGAAUAAUACGUGACCAAUUGUGGUGGGUUCGGCCACAGUCAGGUCUUGCGGGCAAUGUACGGCAAGGAUU